AUGAUAUCGGAUCAUAGAUUUGGACAGAUCAUUAUCCCUAAGCAUCCCAUCAAUGCAGUAAAAGUGCCAUUGAAGAAAAUGGAUUACCCUCACUACUGUCAUAUCCUAAAAAGAAUGAAAAUGCCCUUUGUGAGAGGAAACGAGGAUAGACAUUUCUUUGGCAGUUUUGAAGAUAAAGACAGUCUUUCUUUCCUGAAAUUUCACCCUUAUCCUUCUCCUGUCCAGCCAGACUAUCAUUUAUAUCAUCCUUACCCCCCACCUCCUGGGAAAGAUUAUGCUUUAUUUCCACAUCGAGAUGAUGUGCCAUUGGGUGAUCCUUGUUCAGGGUUUAUGAGUCCUGGAGGUGAUGCUGAUUUGCUGCCUGGAGUUGGCAAAACCAUCCCAAACCUAGUAAGUUACUCUGAUGUGAAGCCUCAACAACGAAUCCCUUUAACAGACCAAGAAUUGCAGACAGAAAUUAAGAAGCGAACAACAUUAUUGGAAGAACUAAAUGAAGACCCAAGGUGGAAUUCCAGGAAAGUAUCUGAUGCUGCCAUCAGAGCGAGACUUGGAGGUUGGACAAGUCCAAUGAAAGUUAUUCCUGCUAAAUCUAAAAUGCGAGGCAAUUUAACCACGUUAAGGUUUUCAUUUGACGAUUCAAAAUGUAAGAGUGAAGAAGGCGGAGCUCCAGCAUGGGUGAGUGAGGAACAGAAAGUAAUAGAAUCAUUCUGCAAGUCCAGUACACAAAAAGCAUAUGAAGCAGUUCCACUGGAUCAGAUGUAUCCACCAAAGCUUGACCCACCACUAACAACAUUUGAAAAGAAGGCUGACCCAGUUUCACAGUGCUUUACACUGAAAAGAUAUGAAUGGGUGCCAUCAAUAAGUCAGUUUGUCGGAGGCCUCUGGGACAGGUUUCAAACAAGAUCCUUCACGUCACCACAAAGACCAAUUAAUUAUGUGAGCCCAAGUUCUCGAACCCAAUAUAUUCCUCUUUACACUGGUUAUGUUGAAUCAUCAAACCCAGAUGACAGAGAUGAUCCUGAUGGUGACCUUACAUCUUUGGGCAAGCCUCGGACCUCGAGGAUCCUUUACACACCUACAAGCCGCACUGCAAAUAUUCCGGGAUAUAUUGGCAAGGUUCAUUUCACAGCCACCCACCCAGCAAAUUCUGAUAUUCCACCAACAACCCCAGCCACAAGUUCAGCAGCUCGACGCACCUUAUGGGAAAGUAAGGAGGUGCCUAAUUAUCGUCACAUGGGACCUUUAUCAAAAAUGGUAACUCUGGUGGACCCAUGCAACUCUUUCAAUGGGAUGGUAAAGCAAACGGUGAAGUCAUUUAAGACUCCUGCUCUAUAAGUGGUUAAAUGCCUCAGUCAAUUUAUCUCUUGCCUUCAUUCCUUUGUCCUUCAUGCCUGGAAUGUACUCUCUUGCUGCCUCUGAGAAUUCCUAGCUUCCUUCAAGAUUCAGCUGAAAUAAGGACCUUUCCUGAUGCCAUCAACCACUAGUCCCUUCACCUCCAAAUCACAUUGUCUAUUUUGUAUGUUACUACCAUAUAUAUGUGUUGACUCCCUUGGUGAGACUGUAAGCUUCUUCAGGUCAGGGACUGUUUUUGCUUUUGUUUUUGUACCCCCAAUGAAUAGUCCAUAGUAAGCAUUUAAUAGUUUCUUAUUAAAUGAAUGAUAGCCCCAGUUUCCCAAAAUUGUAAAAGGUAGAUAAUGUUCUUUGUAGUAAGUAUAUACUCCACAUGAUUGUUGAGAGGCUUGAAUAAUGUACGUAAAGCAUUUUGCAAGCUUUAAGUUGAUGUAGAAACUCAUACUAUUACCGUUUAUUCUGAAUAGCUGGAGCUAGUAAAGAAGAAAAGUAGACUUGACCAGCUCAUUCCCAAGGAAUUAUGCAAUACUAUAUUAUGAUUUUUUAUGCUUCAAAAUAAGAAGGGCCAAGAUGGGUAAAAUAAGUAUAUACACACAAGUGAAAACACACACACAGAGACAAGCCUCUAUUUGAAUAAGGGAAUGCCCAAUCUAAAUUUGAUUUUUUGUCUGGCUCCAAAGCAUUCCGACCAUAGUUAACACAGGCAAGGGCAAAAAUUAUAUCUAGACAAUAGUGUGUGAGUUUGCAUCAUUAUACUAACAAAAAAAAGUUCACUUAAAUGCAAAAAUGUUUUCAUGACUCACUGUAAG